CAAUUAAAAUGAGAUGGUUGUUCCUUUAUCUACAAAGCCACAAUCGAUAAUCAUUCGCGAAUUGCUCUCUCAAAAGCAACCUUUUUUCUUCCAUCUUCUUAAUCACUGCAAUGAUCUCAAUCGAAUCAAACAAAUCCAUGGCCACAUUAUUCGUAAAGGUCUCAUCGAAUCCUCUUUCCUCCUCACCAAACUCGUUCGAUCGCUCACUAAACUGGGCACUCCAAUGGAUUCAUACGCUCGUCUCAUCUUUCAACAGGUAAAACAACCCAAUCCCUUUCUUUGUACCGCUUUAAUUCGUGGUUAUUCUCUUCAAGGACUAUUCAAAGACUCGAUUCUUACCUACGUUAACAUGAGAAGAAACGAUACUUGUCCUGUUUCCUUUACUUUCUCCGCCAUGUUCAAAGUUUGCGCCGCUGUUCUAAAUUCCCAUUUGGGUAAACAGAUUCACGUACAUACGAUUACUCUAGGCGGGUUCGACUCGGAUUUAUACGUUGGGAAUUCCAUGAUUGAAAUGUAUGUGAAAUGUGGUUUACUGAAUUACGCACUCAAGGUGUUCGAUGAAAUGCCAGAAAGAGAUGUCGUUUCAUGGACGUCUUUAAUCGUGGCGUAUACUAAGAACGCGGAUAUGGAAUCAGCGGUUGGAAUGUUUGAAAAUUUACCCAUGAAGAAUACGGUAGCAUGGACAUCGAUAAUUACUGGUUUUGCUCAAAACAAUAUGCCGAAAGAGGCAUUGAACUUCUUUAAGAACAUGCAAGAAUCAGGAGUUGAAACAGAUGAAUUUACUUUAGUAGGUGUGAUUUCCGCUUGUUCACAGAUUGGGGCUUUCAAGUACGCGAAUUGGGUACGUGAAGUCACUGAAAAAUCAGGGUUCGGACCACCUUACAACGUUAUCGUCGGUUCAGCCCUAAUCGACAUGUUCUCCAAAUGCGGUUCAAUAAACGACGCACGCCAAGUGUUUGUCAAAACAAAAUCGAAGAACGUAUACUCGUAUAGCUCCAUGAUUCUCGGGUUGGCAAUCCACGGUUGUGCUAAUUCCGCGUUUCAAUUGUUUCGCGAGAUGUUAGAAACGGGUACUCGUCCAAACGGGGUUACGUUCAUCGGUUUGUUAACUGCAUGCAGUCACGCUGGAAUGGUUGAGAAAGGAAGAAACCUGUUUCAAUCGAUGGAGGAACGGUUCGAUGUGAAACCGACUUCUUAUCAUUACGUUUGCAUGGUGGAUAUUCUCGGGAGAGGAGGGUUUUUGGAGGAAGCUCUUAGUUUAAUCAAGAAUAUGAUAAUAGAACCGAUAGGAGACGUUUGGGGAGCGCUUCUUGGAGCUUGUCGAAUUCAUAGGAAUUGGGAGAUUGGUGAAAUUGCGGCUGGGCGUUUGUUUGAGAUUGAACCGAGUUGUGCUGGAAAUUAUGUGUUGCUUUCGAACAUUUAUGCGUCGGUUGGAAUGUGGAAUGAGGUUUCGAAAGUUAGGGUUUUGAUGAAGAGGAAAGGUUUGAAGAAGAAAGCUGGAUUCAGUUUGUUUGAAGGAAGGAAUGGUGUUGUUUAUGAAUUUGUGGCCGGGGAUAUGAUUUAUCAUAAGUCUGCUCAGAUUAAAAUGGAAUUGGAGGUUGUUUUGAAUACAUUGGCUCUUCAUGGGUACGAAAUCAAGCAAAAGAGUUAGUUGAAUUAGGCAUAAUAACAGGUUCAGAAUUUGUGUUAGAUUAUUUUUAGAUAAUAAAAUUAAAAGAUUUGAUGUAAUUAGAUUGAAAUGUAAUUUUGAUUGUAUUCUAAAUGUAUUAGGGUGAUAUUUAGUUUCUUAAAUUUAAAAAAUAUAUAAUGUUAUUGUAAUGAUAUGUAUUAUAGAUGCA